AUUCCGACCGUCUCUGCCGAAUAUUCGAUCCGCCUCGCACAUUUCGGCGACCAAUCUAUCAAGAUGGCCGUCGCGUCGGUCCAAGACCGGACAGCAGAGUUCAAAUCGGUGCUGGCCCAGGCCCAGAAACGACAAGCAAAUGCAAAGGCGAGCGCGCAACGGCGCUCCCUCCUGACCGAUGCGCAAAAGGCAGACGCGAACGGUGCGCCACCCAGGAGGUCGGAAUUUGCGCGCAGGGCCGCCGAGAUUGGCCGCGGAAUAGCAGCGACCAUGGGGAAACUGGAGAAGCUCGCGCAGCUGGCCAAGAGGAAAACGCUGUUCGACGACAGGCCGGUCGAGAUCAACGAGCUCACGUUCAUAAUCAAACAGGAUCUGUCAUCGCUCAACCAGCAGAUCUCGGGCCUGCAGCAGCUGUCGAGGCAACAACAUCCCAAGGCCGACCAGGAGGGCGAGCACAACAAGAAUGUCGUUUUCCUGCUUCAAGGGAAGCUUACCGAUGUCUCGGCCAACUUCAAGGACGUGCUCGAGGUGCGGACCAAGAACAUCCAGGCAUCAAGAUCGCGCACAGAAAACUUCAUCUCCUCAGUCUCGCAGCAUGCGCAACAGCCAGCCCUUCAGUCCUCUGCUAGCCCGCUCUAUGGCACACCAAACAGGGGGACUCCGUCGCCGGGCGUGGAUUUGUUGACGCUCAACCCGCCGGGUGGGAAAGGCAUGGGAGGUGGUCCGGUGGGCGACGAGCAGCUCAUGCUGAUGGAGGAGGCGCAGCCACACAACGCCUACAUCCAGCAGCGAGGCGAGGCCAUCGAGGCCAUCGAAAAGACCAUUGCUGAGCUGGGUGGCAUCUUUGGGCAGUUGGCCGGCAUGGUGUCGGAGCAGAGCGAGAUGAUCCAAAGGAUAGACGCCAACACCGAAGAUGUGGUUGACAACGUCGAGGGCGCGCAACGCGAGCUGCUGAAGUACUGGAGCCGCGUGUCGGGUAACCGCAUGUUAAUAGCCAAGAUGUUUGGCGUGCUGAUGAUAUUCUUUCUAUUAUGGGUUCUCAUUGCGGGAUAG